AGUCAGAACUCGGUUUAUUCGCUCGGCUGCUUCACGAUGUUUGAAAGUGCCUCGGGAGAUUUGAGACACAAACAGGAUGAUGAUCUGCAGUUCCUCAGUCUGGAGGAACAGGAGUGUAUUUUCUUCUUUGAGGAGAUCAUCUGUUCCCUUGAGGAGGAGGAUGAGAGGAUGGAUCCGUGCUCGUACACUACAGCUCCACAUCCCAGCGCUGUAGAUCAGGACAUCAUUGACCUGGUGCACGCUACACCUGAUCGCAGCAAACCGAGAGACACGCUCCCCUUCAUGCCAGAUUCCCAAGAGCUGAUUAUACCCCCAGAGAGGCAUUUCGAAGCGAAGGCGAAACGUGACGUGGAUGUCUCACAAGAGCACUUCAGACACCUGCCUCUCGCAGGUUCAGUUCCCACUCCAGUAGUAAUCGCCAGCAGGAUCUCCGAGCACCAGGGAGCCAGCGGCACGUCUGCAUCGCAGCUGCUCGAGUGCAGACGCAGUCUAGAGUCGACCAGACACGGCCCUCCGACCCACGCCAAGCCCUCGGGUCUUCCAGACAGAAUCAGUGUUGUAUUAGGCAGCCGCCACUCGAUUGAUGGCAGAGAACCGCCCUCCGUGCGCAAACCCCCCACGCGAAGCAUUUCGUUUCAAGACCCGACGCCAGAGAAGUCUAGGAUGGAGGCGCUUUCGAAGCUCGGACUCGCUCAGAGGCGAACGCAAUCCAUCAUGCAUUCGAAAAGCGCUGGCAAUACGCUCAACAUCACAAAUCCAGCUGACCGCUGCCAAACCAAAUCCAGCCACGCAGUCACACACAGUGAUUUCAACAGCUUUGGCGGUAAGAGCAUCACAUUUAACCCCGCUCUGUCAGAUUUCCAUCACAACAACUUCAGCAGCAGAUCACGAGUCGUGACUCCGAACCACGAAACCCCAAUAAAAGAGGACGCUUCCAGCUCAGACAGGACUUCAGAUGAAGGCUUGCCCCGGAGGAAAGCGUCACGCUCUGAAGCGCUCGUGAAGCCGUCCUUCCGCGCUCAGGGAGUCACGGUGCAGUUUUCAGGGCGAGGAGCCUCAGAUGAAGCCAGAUGUGAUGCACUUCACAAGCUAGGACUGCUGUGUUCACACACUCCUCACUGA